AUGUAUCAGGUGGACUGGAAGCCCAAGGAGGUGUUCUUUAAGUUCCGCCAGCGCUUCAUGCAGUACAAGCUCGGGGCCAACGUGGAGCUCAGGCGCAGGCUGGAUCCCCCACAGCUUUCGACUACCUCCCUUUCUCCGAAGGCCCCUGUUGCGCCCAAGCACAACCCGCUGUCGCUGUGGGGUUUCCAGAGAGCAUUGGGGUGGUGGCUGGGUGGAGGGAGUCGCUUCCUGCAGUACAAGCUCGACACCAGCGUCAAGCUCGGGUGUAGGCUCGCCCGCCCACCCCCCCAGCUCUCCACCCUCUCCCUCUCCCCCAAGGCCCGUGCUGCCGCCCGUCCACCCUUUUUUUCUCAUCGCCAGGUGAACAGCGCGAACCUGAAGUUGGUCUUAAAGCCCAACAUCACGGAUCGGAAGUGGAAGGUGAUUUUUGAGCCACAGCGGGGGGACAUCCGCUUCCUCACCCGCAAGAUUCCCAUCAUGGGGCUGCUCAACCUACAGGUGUGCAGUGCGGUGCAAGCGGGGGACAUCCGCUUCCUCACCCGCAAGAUCCCCAUCAUGGGGCUGCUCAACCUGCAGGUGUGCAGUGCGGUGAUAUGUGGUGCAAUGCAGGUGGUGUACGGUGUAGUGUGGCCAGUUGUGGCUGUGGGCGAGGGCAUAGGGCAUGACUUCAAGCACAACGCAACGGGGUGGAAGUGGAAACUCACCUCAGUUUCCUUUUCACCCCUCCUCUCUCUCCCUGACCACCUUAUUUCACCCCUCAAGCCUUCUCCCCAACCUCUUUCUCUCUCCCCUUGUCUCCCACAGGUGGGCAUUGGGCAUGACUUCAAGCACAACGCAACAGGGUGGAAAUGGAAACUCACCUCCGCGCUGAAUGGGAACACGCCCUCGGAGAUUCGUUAUAAGCACAACCUGCCUGUGUGCCCGGGCGUGGAUGUGCGCGUGGGGUGGAAUGCAGAAUAUGUGCUGCCAGACAUGCAUGGAGCCUUGGGCACAGGGGAACCUAUUCUGGGGCUGAAUGUGGGGCGGCUGUACGCGUCAGUGGAGAGACUAGAAGCCAUCUUCACCUCCAUUGACUGA